GGGUCCUCACGGGUCCUUCCUCUCCUGAGCCGCUCCACCAGUCCCUCUGACGGUUACCGACCACCGGAGAAAACACCGUAAAUUAACCCGAAAUCCUCCACUUACCGACCGGGUACCUGGAGAUAUGAUGGGCGGGAGGACCAGUGCUCUGGCGGCCGGAGUGUGCGGCGCUCUGCUCGUCGGUUACUGCAUCUAUUUCGACAAAAAGAGACGGAGUGACCCCAACUUCAAGAACAGGCUGAGAGAGCGAAGGAGAAAGCAGAAGGUAGCCAAAGAGAGGGCGGGCAUGGCAAAGCUCCCCGACCUGAAGGACGCUGAGGCGGUGCAGAAGUUCUUCCUGGAGGAGAUCCAGCUGGGGGAGGAGCUGCUGGCUCAAGGAGACUAUGAGAAAGGCGUGGACCACCUGACCAACGCCAUCGCAGUGUGUGGGCAGCCCCAGCAGUUGCUGCAGGUGUUGCAGCAGACUCUGCCUCCACCCGUCUUCCAGAUGCUGCUCACCAAGCUGCCUAGCAUCAGCCAGCGUAUCGUGAGUGCACAGAGUCUGAGCGAGGACGAUAUAGAGUGAGAGGAUCCAAAGGAAACAACCCCUUCCUUCUCCUCCUCCUCCUCCUCCUCCUCUCAUGACGACCUUCCAACGCCUCGGCCUACAUCACUCGGGCCGACGUCCAUCACUUCCCAUCGAGGUGUCCUCUAGGGAAUUAGUUUUUUAUUCCAGCUUUAUCCAUGACAGUAGUGUCUGUUUGUUUUUUUACUUAAACUACCCGUUUUGGGGUAUGAAGAGUUUCCUUAUCAUAACUGCCAGAGAAAUAUAGAGUGCCCGUCCCCCUCUCCGCCAUGGCUCUGAUAGACUGGACUGGGAGCUGGUGUAGCUCUCAUCCUGACCGCAUCAUGUUUCAGGUUUACACUGCAGCCCUUGAUCUUACUGCUUUUCAAUUAUCAGCGAUAGAAAGUUACACACAUCUUCUCUCUGCUCCACAAAUUAUUUAUUGUUUUUUGUUAUCAGUCGUCUUUCUGUUCAGUCUUGGAAACGCUUUAAAAAAAAAAGGUUACGAAAUGUUUUGCUCAUUUUAAAGAGGACGACCCUCUUUAGAAAAUACAAUAAAAACUGGUAACAAACAA